AUGGAGUUGAUUACAAGAGAUAGGUUUGUAAGAUUGGCUGGACAAGUAAGCCAGUGUACAUCGUCUUUAGAACAAAUUAAACAUCUUGGGCAGGUCGGUGAAGGGUUAGUUGAUCGAAUUCUGGGUUUGUCUUCAAAUUGCAAGUAUUCAAAG